UUUAAAUAAUAAAUAUGUUUUAACUAAAGUAAAAAAACCUGAAAAUUUGUGAUUUAUAUAUGGCAGUGUAAAUAAAUAGUCAUGCCUUUUAAAUUACGAUUGAAAAAAUCUCGCCAAUAUAAUGUUGUCUCCAAAUCUUUAUUUGUUUGCGGGGUUGAAUUGCUUGAUGGAGGCUCCUUGGAAUGUACAUUGGGUUCGGAGAGCACAGGACGGGAUUGUUUGGAUAAUGUAUGUCAGCGUUUGGGGCUGAAUCAAUCAGAGUUUUUUGGAUUACAGUAUAUUCCCAGAUGUACAGGUCCUAAUAAUAAUCCUAGAUGGCUGGAGAUGGAGAGACCAGUAAAAAGGCAACUUGACAAGUAUGCAUCAGGGCCCCAAUUAUUACUUCGAGUUAUGUUUUACAUAACACAUCCCGUAAACAACCUAUUAACGGACGAAACAUCAAGAUAUCAUUAUUUUCUGCAAUUAAAGAUGGAUGUUAUUGAAGGGCGAAUUUCGAUAACACCACAACAAUCAGUUCUACUAGCAAGCUAUAGCAUGCAAGCAGAAUUUGGCAACUAUGACGCAGAACGGCAUACACCAGAAUAUUUAAAAGAUUUUCAAUUAUUUCCAAAACAAUUAACUGAAUCGGAAUCGGAUGUGAUCGAAAGACUGACCGAGGCAGCUACACGGCAACAUGCUGCAUUAAGAGGGCUUCCUUCUGGUACUGCAGAGGAACGAUAUAUAUCAGCGUGCCAACAGCUAGAUGGUUAUGGACAAGAAAAGUUUAUAGCUAGAGACGAUCAAGCUCAAAUUGUUGAAAUUGGUAUUAGUCUCAAUGGUAUUAACGUUGUUUGUGAAUUAAAUGGCGAACGAAAAUUUUAUAUGUGGAGAGAUAUAAGUAAUGUGAUAAAUCAUAAGAAAUAUUUUACCAUAGAAUGUACAAACUCAUCAGAUACCGUACAGUAUCAAUUUAGUGAUGUUGAAAGUGCAAAACACGUAUGGCGUAUGUGCGUACAUCAGCAUACAUUUCAUACACGAUUACAAGCCAUGAUGCCACAACAAUCCACAUCUAUGUCAACAGGAGCAGGUGGAGGAGGAGGAGUCAAUCUCAAUUCUAUACAAAAUAUACCAAAUAACACAAACUUUGAAUGUAUUAACUCGGAAACAAAUUUAACGGAUAGUCAUGAAAAAAUUCAAGCACAUCAUAAUAACAUGGAUUACCAACAUUUUAAUAAUUUACAACAUUCAACACCGACCAGUCAACAACCGCAAUGGAUUGAUCCAAAUCUUCCAUUAUUAUCACAACGUGCUCAAUCGACAUCGUGUUUAGAUUUAACAUCCGAUGUAGAAAAAUUACGUGCGUUGUUACCAUCAUAUCGAGCAGCACCCGAUUAUGAGACAGCUAUUCAACAAAAGUAUCGUGCAAAUGCACAUGAGCCAGGUCAUGCGUUGUACAGUUCACAACCAGAAAUACGUAAACCCGAUAUGUAUUCACCCCGCUUACAUUAUCCAGAUGUAACACACAAUAAUAUUGAACAUACAAGUGCAAUUUUACAUCAUCACCCAAUACAAGCACGCUUUAAUUAUGAUCAACAAUUAAAAACUGCUGGUUCAGAACGACAAUUACAAUAUUACAAUAUGGCCGAUCUAGUAGAAGGAAUGCAUUUGUUACAUCUAUAUAAACCACCACCACCGUAUCCAAGCAAUCGAUUAAGUUCAAAUUCAACACCUGAUUUAGCUGUUGCAUCCCAACGAUUCAAUAUACCUGUCCAUAAUUUUGGAGCAGGUAUAGGACAUGUUUCGGGUUCGAGUCCUGAUUUAGUAUCGACAAAAACUUUAUUAAAUCGACAUUAUUUAAAACAAGUACAUCAAUUACCAUACGAUCAUCAUAUUUCACACGGUUAUCUACAGAGUUCAAAUGCGCAUGGUACGUACGAAAAUUUAGCAUCUGUUAUCGAUAACAAGCAUUAUGUUUAUGAUGCUACAACGCGUCAACCAACGGUUAUUGUUGAGAAUCGCGAUAUUACAAAACAUAUACAAAAAAUAAUCGAUGAACAUGGUAAUAUAAUUUACUGUAUGCCAGCACUAAUGGAAAAUCAAGCUUAUCCAUCGAAUACAUCGAAUUAUUUAAAACCAUCGAAUGAACCCAUUUAUGAAAAUGUACCACUACCAUGGCAAGGUAACGAAUUAGCUCGUGAACGUGCUGAAAGUAUACAAAGCGCGCCAGAAACAUUACCUGGUUUACGAAAUCACCUACAAUUCGAACAUCGAACUAGUCUUCAAACACAAUUAAACAACAAAGAAGGAAUGUAUGAAAAUUUACCACCAAAAAUUUAUCCAAAUGAAAGUAUAGCACAAGCUUUUAAUUCACAGAUAAAUACAGUUGAUAAUAAUAACAGACUUUAUAAUCAGACUGUAUUACAAGAAAAUAAUAAUUUAGAAACUCAACAAUUAAGUCAAUUAAACCAAAGUUCUUCGUUAAAUAAAUCAACAUCGAAUUCAACAAAUUCAGUACAUCGUAAACUCUCAUCAUCGAAACAAUCGAAAGACGAACCCGAUUUUCAAAAGAAUCAUAACAUGCCGAAUAAUAACGUUCGUUUAGAUAAUGAAAAUAAACAAGAAAAUAGUGCCAUUGUUAGUGGUAAUUUUGGAUUUAAUAUGUCUCCGGAAAAUUAUCAUCAUGAUGUUAGUAGUAAAACUGAAAAUUCAGAAAAUAGUGCCAUUGAUUUAUCAAAAUUAUCUGAUUUAUCAUAUCAACAAAUUUCACAUAAUUCAACAUUUACUAUUGUCGAUACUAGUCAAGGAAGUUCUGCAUCUGCAAAAGAUAAAAAACGUCGACGAUGGGGUUUGUUAGUUGGUAAAAGUAAAUCAACAGAUAAAGCAAAAUCAGCAACAUUAGGUCGUGAAAAAAAUAAAUCAAAUAUCGAUGUUAAAGAGAAACAUCGUUGGUCAACUGGAUUGCCAAGAUUUCAACCACUACCGCCAACCAUUAAUAAAGAAACUAUGUGCCAAAUUUUGGAACACAAACUUACUGAUAGUCAAUUGUUUUUUGAAUUUGAAAAAAUUUCCAAGAAAAAAGCAAAUGCUGAUUUUACAACAGCAUUGUUACCAGAAAAUGCAUCGCGCAAUCGUUUUAAAGAUGUGCUUCCUUAUGAAGAAAAUCGCGUUCGAUUAAUACCAACGAAGGAGAACAAAUAUGGUUAUAUAAAUGCUUCUCAUUUAACUGCGACUGUUGGAAAUAAACAACGAUUUUAUAUUGCUGCGCAAGGUCCAACUAAAAAUACAUUGGAAGAUUUCUGGCAUGCAAUUUGGCAAGCGGAUGUUUACUUGAUUGUACAAUUAACUGAUGCACAAGAAGAUUUAAAUUAUAUUCCAACCGGUGAUCAAAGAAAUGUUAAUAUUGGCCAGUAUCAAAUUUGGUCAGAAUUUAUGCAGUCAACUGGCAAUUGUUCCACAUCAAAAUUACGUCUAUGUAAUAGUCAAUCAAGGCAUUAUCGUUCUGUAUGGCAUAUGAUGUACGGUUUAUGGGGCGAACAAGGUUGUCCAUCAGGAGGUAUGGGUACACCCGGUGGUCCACAAGCACAUUUCUUAGCAUUUUUAGAAGAAUUAAGAUCUGUACGUGAACAUAGUGUUGCACAAGAUAUCCCUCCAGGUCAUAAUAAAAAUCCACCUACUUUGGUCCAUUGUACAGCGGGUGUUGGACGAACAGGUGUUGCUAUAUUAUGCGAUUUAUUAUUAUAUACAUUAGAUCAUAAUCAAGAAUUAGAUAUAGCUAGAACGGUUGGUUUAUUGCGUCAUCAAAGAGCUCAUAUGGUUCAGACUGUUGCUCAAUAUAGGUUUGUUUAUUCACUACUUAUUCAUUAUCUUAAACAAACUCGAUUAAUUUAGAUUUCGUUUACAAGUACAAAAAAAAAAAAAAAAAAAAAAAAAAAAAAAUAUUUUAAAAUUAUUG